AGUCGAAAUUUUUUCUCUUUUUGAUCAUUUCGCACUUCAAGAGAGGUUGGGAGACCUACUGAACUUGCAAAACUUGGGAUAUUAUUAUUUCAAUUUUUUUUUUUUUUUUUUUUUUUUUGCGAAGUUCAAACUUUUCUUUUUUGAUUAGUGGCUCUUUAUCUGGGCGAUUCUUCCCACCCACCCUCCCCAUCUAUCGGCCUGGUACAUGCUGUUGCGGUCACAGACAGCCGUCAUGGACCAGAGGCCCGGUGAAGCAGACGAGGCCUAUCAGGCCCGGAUGCUGGCUUGGAGUACCGAGACAAAGAAACGGGCAGAUGACGCAGCUGUAGCAGCGAAGAAGAAGGCAGAGGAUGCGGAGCAGGCACGUCUGCUGGCACUUGAACAACAGCGCCAGCAUGACGAGGCAGCAGCAAGGGCUGCCGAUGAAGAAAGGAACCAAAGUUGUGAGAAGAUAUUUAGUGGAGAGCGGGCCUUGCUCACAAUGGCAGCGGAAUGGCGGACCGAGGCUGACAAUGGCAAGUUGGAGGAUUGCGAAAACAAGAUCGCUCUCCUCCUCUCGCAUCUCACAGACCUCCUGGCUACAUGCAUUACCCAGCAGGAGGAUAUCCACAGCCUCAACGGCUCGCUAGCUAAACUACAAAGCCGCCUGCAGCAGCUGGAGCGGCGACCUGUCGUCGCACCCGAUGCAAGCUCUUCCAAUACCUCCAAUCGCCUCGAAGCAUUGGAGAUGCACGUCGGCUCCCUCCAGGACGGCGCACAGUUUCAGCAGACCGCGAUGCAACAGUUGCAGCAGCGGUGCUCCAUAUGGGGAGCUGCUAGGGCGGAUCCAUCCCUUGGCCAACAAAUCGUCGAGUUGUGCGCGGAGGACCUCAAGCUCCUCCUCGCUCAUCCGAUAGAUGCAACCUUUCGGCGGCACGACACCGGCCUCAAGAAUGAUCUCGUGAGAGAUCGGCUGAUCCGGCACCACACCGUGCGUGAUGGUUCAUCGGGUACCCCCUCUGGAGGAACUCCGAAGAUGACUCGGGAACUGAUUGACUUGUUGACUCAUAGAAGCCGAGAACAACGGCUGCAGAUCGGCAACUCCUACAGAUCCUUGUUUGGCCGGUACUUGGCACAGGAUAUCAGGCAUUGCACGAACAGUCAUGUUCGCGAUGGGCUUCUUUCGCUGAUUCGCCCGGUGGAGGUGCGUGAUGCUGAGUGGUUGCACAGGGCAAUGAAGGGCCUGGGCACAGACGAGCAUGUUCUGAGGGAGGUCCUCUGCAGCCGAACGUAUGACGAAAUCGAGAAAAUCAAGGCUAUGUAUGUCGAAAUGUUCCGCCGGGAACUUGUAGACGACAUCAAAGGUGAUGUGUCAGGAAAGUUCUGCAAGAUCCUUACAAAGCUAGUCAGCCACCCACGAAGCAAGGCGCCUGUGGAGCCAGUUCGUGCAUUGGAGGUUGCCAGAGAUCUUUACCAAGCUACACAAGGAAGAUGGGGUGUCAACGACAAAUGUUUCAUUGAUGUAUUUACAGGAGAGAGUCUUCCUCAGCUUAGCAAGAUUUUUGGUUUGUACAAAACUGAGUUUAAGGAGAGCAUUUUCCAUGCCCUGGAUAAGAUAUCAGGUGAAUUGCACAAGACUCUGCUGUAUAUUGCCAUGUGUGCAAUCUCCACACCUGAGUUCUUUGCAGUGAUGUUAAGGAAGGCAUUGGGAGGCUCGCGCGUGGAUAAGAAUGCGAUCAUCAGAAUAAUCUUGACAAGAUGCGAGAUUGAUUUGGAGGAUGUCAAGGAGGUCUACAAUUUCAAGUAUGCAACGAGCACAGAUAGCACUCCGUUGCAAAAUGCCAUCCGAGAUGCAACCUCAGGAGAGUUCCAAGAGCUCCUCUUGGCGGCUAUGGGUGAGUUGGACAGUUAAACUGUGUUUGCACGAUUCUCAUUCGUCAAAAGUUUGGCCGGAAAAGAUUAGUGCCCGAUCGAUGGCAUGGGUCAUUGAGGUGUGUUAGAAAGUCAAAGAUGGGAGGACGGUGUGGUGCUAGAACUUGAUGAAUAUAUGGCUGGGUAGGGGAUAGGUAGUGGCGAUAAUUGUGCUGACGGCGAUGGUGGGAAGAGAGGUGUCUACAUGUGUGUGUGUGUGUGUGUGUGUGUGUGUGUGUGUGUGUGUGUGUGUGCCCGCGUGCGAAAUGUGUUUCCUGUUUAAUCAUAUGAACACAUCUGUGGAUAUGGCACCGAUGUAGAAAGGUGCGCAUGAAUCUGUGCACUUGAAUUUGUAUUGUAGAGGGGGUCUGGUAACGAAUCAAACACCUAAGUGCCGGAUGUCUCUUACAUGUGAUUUAAUGGCCGUCAAUGGAUUGUGGGCCUGAUGGAGACAGGUGUGCAUACCUUUGUGUACUUGUGUAUUAUAAAGCCGGUGCAUGAUGAAUGAGUUGUCCAAAACGUUCUUCUUGUUCCUGUGUGCAUAUCUCUGUGGUGUAAGGGACGGAGUAUGAUGCAUUAAAUGAAAUGUCCAAAACCUUCCUUCUACUACCUGUUCUUCACUUCUUGUCCACAAUUCUCUCGUUUUCUGUUGACUCAUCACUAGCAAAUAACCUGCUGUUCCUGUACUGUUCAGUGUUGCUGUACUGUUCAGCAGCGAUAGGCUAGCUUCUUGCCUUGCGGAUUGAAGAAUUGGUUGUGUUGUGGCUCUAAGUCUCUUUUAGGUUGAAUCGAAAGUCUCUCGUCAUGUAGCAACGUUUUGCUGCCACUUUUCUUUUCAUGAUGGAUGGACUGCAAGAAGCGGGCCCUUGCAGCUGUGAUGGGACUUUCAAAUCUUUGUUUCGUGGUGAGACUCUUGGCCUGCUGUUGACAACUUUGCGGAACCAGAAGCCCUAUCCUUUUUUUCUGCCUGCCGGGUCUAUCGUUGCUGUGCGAGAUUGUGGUCGGUAAGGAUGAGGAUGAGGAUGAGGAUGGGCAGACUGUAAGGAGCAAAGCCUUCGUAUAUCAUCAUCGCCUGGUUCUAAUUGCCGGUUAGCAGGUCAUUCUCUGUCUAGUCGUCGAGUCGAGACCACCUUGAAUUGGGUGGUGGUUUGGCGCACAUCUAUUUGUACCUGAGAAGGACUUCGAUGGAUUGAUUCUCUCACAAUGUGGAAGAAGAGGGGCCACGGAUUGAUUCUCUAUCAACGUCUUGAAAAGGAUUUUGAUGGAUUGAUUCUCUCGCAAUGUGGAAGAUGAGGGGCCACAGAUUGAUUCUCUAGCAACGUCUCGAGAAUUGGGUGGUUGUUUCUUGUCUUCAUUUGUGUUUGGUGCACAUCUAGAUGUACCUUUGCGAGAAGGAUUUUGAGGGAUUGAUUCUCUUGCAAUGUGGAAAAAGGGGGGCCACGGAUGGAUUCUCUAACAACGUCUUGAGAAGGAUUUUGAUGGAUUGAUUUUGUCGCAACGUGAAGAAGGGGUCAUCAAUCGAUUCUCUAGCGUCGUGAAAGAAGGGGCCAUCGAUCUUGCAUGCUCUCUUUAGUCUCCCUCCCUGACUGGCAAACGGUUUGGUAGAUGGUGUUGAAAAAGGGUCCCUUCUGUGGUAAGAAGUGGAUUGUGACUUUCAUAAUAGUACAGAGAAUGCCCCCGUAUGCAGGCGGCGACUUUUCAGUUGUUCCUCUCGGACUGGCUUUCUGUUUGUUUCUCAAUGCGAUGACUCCUCUUUGUGCUUAUAGACACGUUGGGUCAGGAACGAUGGUGAGUUUCCCAUAAAAAAGACCAGUACUUCCUAGAGUUGUGCCCGCCACGAUUUUAGGAAACGUACGGGCCACUAUAGGAGCGCCCAAAUUCAUCCAACUAGAAACGUUUCUACCCUAUUUUUUUCUGAUAGCUGGGCCAAGGACUGGUGGUUUAAGCACUGGAGAUGCGUAUGCAGUGUUGGGUGGGUCUCCCUUAACCAACUGUCAAAAUAAUUUGAGCACGCAAAACAAUUGCUGACUAUAGGGGGUAGGAAGGACGUGUCUUUGUCCGGGGUGUUGUUGCUGUGGGUUUUUGCGUUUAUUUUUCCUGACAGAAAACUCUAGCCUUCCGAGUAAUUUGUACAUUCCUUUGUUACUUUCUCUUCUCCUGAUCCCUCCCCGCUCCCUUCCUUACCUCUGUUACUCUCCCAUUUAUUCUUGGUCCUUCAAUAAAUAUGCUCCAACUGC